CUCAAUUCACGGUGUCGAUCUGUUCUAGUGUGUUUGCGCUGUCUUUUCUUCUUUUUUCUUUUGUUUCCUUAAUUUCAUCGAUUCAGUUUUCUGUCGUCGCUUGUUCUUACCUUUGCAUCAUAGCGCCAAUGCAGAAAGGUCUUGCAUUGUACUUUUGUUGAUUUCGAAAUUGCGAGACAGCUCCUCGACAGCGCCAGGUUGAGCUGCUCACCGUAUCUCACUCUUUCUGUUUAGAUUGCAUGCUUCUGUUUCUCAUGCAGCAGGAAUAGUGUGACGGAGAGACUAUAGACGGUGCGAAAAGACGGGCGACUGCGAACUCCGAUACGACAUAACUAGGUAUCUAGCUUGGAAGCGAUUCCUCGAUCACUUUCUUCUACGAUAUACAAGAUGAGUGUCCGAGUCGUUGCGCGGGUUAGGCCGCUUUUGAAAUCCGAGCGGGAAUUGGAUGUCAUCCUCCGCACCGGCUCUGCCACUCAAGCCGUUCCGAACAAGGCCGAAAAACAGAGCUCCCAGGACAGAAAAUUGUCGGCGUUGCGGGAUAGGGAUACCAUUGUACGGAUCCCAAACCCCAAGAAUGAAAAUGAGGAGUACUCUUUCCAGUUCAAUGCUGUCUACGACGCGGAUGCUUCACAGCAAGAGCUCUUUGAUGCCGAAGUUGCUCCCACAGUGAAGCAUCUCUUUAACGGGUUCGAUGUUACCUUGUUCGCCUACGGAGUCACGGGUACCGGGAAAACGCACACCAUGCGAGGUGGUAAAAGCCUGGCUGACAGAGGCGCCAUUCCCCGCCUACUGAGUAGCAUAUAUAGGCGCAGUCGGAAGCUCGAAAAAGAUAGCGAGGGCGAGACGACGGUCAAGGUUUCCUUGAGCUAUUACGAGAUCUAUAAUGACAAAGUCUUCGAUCUGUUCGAGCCCCCGGAGAAGAGAACGCUCGCCGGACUCCCUCUGCGCGAUAAUGGAGGGAAAACAGUAGUUGUAGGCUUGACAGAGAGACCGUGCUCUAGUCUGAAGGAGUUUGAGACACUCUACGACCAAGCCAACACCAACAGAUCUACAUCUGCAACAAAGCUCAAUGCUCAUUCGUCACGGUCUCAUGCAAUUCUUUGCGUUAAAGUAGCAAUCAGUGCUGGUGACAAGACUCGCAUCAGCACAGCAUCUGCUAUUGACCUAGCGGGAUCGGAGGAUAACCGUCGAACAGACAAUGACAAAGAGCGCAUGGUUGAGUCUGCGAGUAUCAAUAAAAGUCUUUUUGUGUUGGCACAGUGUGUGGAGGCUAUCAGCAAAAAGCACCAUAGGAUCCCCUAUAGGGAGUCAAAGAUGACAAGAAUCCUUUCCUUGGGCCAGAAUAACGGACUGACUGUUAUGAUCCUUAACCUCGCCCCAAUAAAAUCGUACCACUUGGACACAUUGAGCUCACUGAACUUUGCCAACCGGACAAAGAAGAUCGAGGUUCGUGAAGUGGAGAACGAGCCUAUGUUCAAAGGCCCUCCGAGACCAGCGGCAUGUCCUUCAGUGACCGCCCAGCGGCAGCCUCUGCGACCACUGGCAGCUUCAGCCAAUAUCAAUCUCACAGCACUCGCCAACAAGGACAAAGAUGCAUCGAAGGCCGGAGAGAAGCCUGUGAAGGCGUUCCACGUAUACUCUGACAAACCGCGGUCCAGGGAUUCCACGCAACUCAGAAAAUCCGAGCUACCGAAGCGUCCUUCGCUAGAUUCUCACACUCGCUUUGUAAAGCCCAGCCGAAUUGCGCAACCUCCUCAGCCACAAAAACACUAUGAAGACAUAUCAGCUGCCAAGAUUGAAGAGAUGGUUGAAAAGAAAGUAGAAGAGAUUCUAGCGGUAAGAGCCGUUAGUGAGAAAUCGAGGCAGACGCAGGUUCGUGAGUUGAACGAACAAGUACAAAAACGAUUGGAAUUGUUGGAACAGCGCAUUGAAGGAACGGAAGACGCAAGGGCCGAAGGAUUGUCGUUCUUGCUUAUGGCAAAACAACACCAGGCACGUGGCGAGGAUAGCUUUGCAUUGAAGAUGUACCAACUUGCGCUUCCUUUCUUUCCAAACAACGAAAAGCUUGCUAGAAAGAUUAGCACUCUUAAGCAGCGCAUUCAAACCAAGCCUUGCCAAGGCGAUGACACAACCGGCAAUCUUACAGUUACGGCACCGAAGAGGGAGCUUGGAAGCCUUCUUUCGAUUAAGAAGCAGUCCCCAGGUACCACCCUGAAGCGUCAAGCUGAUGAUUCGGACGUUGAAUACAGCCCCGAGGAUAGCGUUGAAGAACCAAGUGACGACAAUAUUGAGGAAAUAGCACACUCGAGACGCAAGAAGCGCACCAAAAUAAAUUCAUCGAUAGAUGAAGGGUCUGCCAACGCUGAUUGCUUUGAAGCCCCUUCUCCCCGGACAAUUCACCUUCUCUCAAUAAUAAACUCCCGCGACGUGAGUCAGAUCAAGCUGUUGAAGGGUGUCGGUGUAAAGAAGGCCGAAGCUAUAGUCGACUGCCUUUGUGAAAUGGACCAGCACUCAUACGGUCGGGACAGCGAAGGACCAGUUCAAAUAAAGAGUCUUACCGAAUUGAGCAAGUUGAAAGGAGUCGGCGUGAAGAGUGUUGAAAGCAUGAGAAACGGUGUUUUGGCAUAGGAGGGCAUAGCAUACGUAAAGGAAAGUUGAUAUCUGCAUUCGUGGAGCCUAAGUUUAGGAUAUCCCUAGCAUCCUGAGCAAACUGCAUAUUGUAUAUUGCAUCUUUCAUAUCGCAUUGCGGAAUCUGCAUCUUUUCGCGCAGGUGCAAUUGGUAUGGUCUAUGCAUAUCUUUGUUUUAUCAUUCGUUCAGCGAUGGUGUUACGGUGUUG